AUGCUAACUCCAAGAUCAGACUAGAAAUCAAUGCAUGAUAAUAGCAUGAUUCAAGGAGAAGCUUAAGAAGUUUAUUUGGAAACUCAUGAAGACAUCCAAGUAAUGCUUGAGGAAAAAGAUAACUAAAUUUUGCAACUAUUAGAGAAGCUCAAGGUUUAUGAAUCAACAGAUAGCAGCAUGGUGUAAUUUAAUCAAAAGAGUAAAGAAGCAUAUGCAAAUUUGAAAAAAAUGAUGUAAAAAAAAUCUGAAGAGUUCAAUAAGAAGACAGAGGAGUAAAAAUCUGAAUUGGCAAAUAAAAACAAGUAAAUCUCAGACUUAGAGUAGUUCAUAAAUGACCUGAGGGGACAAAUAGAUCGCUUUCAUAUUUAAAUGGAUCUAAAAGAUCAAUUAAUAAGAUCUCUUGAAGUCCAAUAAAAAUAAAAAGUAGAUAAAGUGCACGAACUUGAAACUUUAAUCUCAUAGCAUCGAAAUUUAAAGAGUACUUUAGAAGGUAUGUAGUAAUACAAAUAACUCUCCUUAUUAGAUCAUAUUGAUUCCCUAAAAUCACUAAACCAGCAGAUUAAAGAAAGCUUUUUUGAGGUAUCUGACUUUAUGAACGACAUAGUAGCUAGACUCUAGUAAAUAGACCCUCACACUUAAAACGCGAAUCAAAUCAAAUAGUAAAUACAAGAAAUCAAUCUAAUGAUAUAAUAAUAGUCCGAGGAGCUUGUAAACAAGCAAUAAUAAGAAAAAGAAUAAUUAAAAAUAUAUGAAAAUUAGAUGAUAAUAGAAUUGAAAUAGCAGAAAAUUGAAUAAGAAACAAAAGUAUAGCAAUUGCAGGAGCACAUUCAGGAAUUAAAAAAUGAAAUGUUCAAUAAAGAUGAGAAACUGCUCAUGCUCUAAAAGCAAUCACAAAGACUUGAAGAUGAUAAGGAUACUUUAAAAUAGAUGCUUAAUAAGAUUAAUAAUGAAGUAAAAGAAUUCAAUGAAAAAUACAACUUGCUGCUAGGAGAUUUUGAAAAAUUGAAAAAAGAAAAUAAUCAGUUGAGACGUUAGCAAGUGAGUAUCUUGAAUUUGGAUAAGGAAAUCAAUUUAACAAAUUAAAAUCCAGUAAGCAGCAAAGAUAACGACUUAUUUACAAAUUCAUUUAUCGGAUAAAACUAACAAUAAUUAUAAAGUGCGAAUGCUAAAAGCUAUUAGACUCCUCCAACUAAAGAUUUAUUAAGGAUACCAAAAGGCAACUAAAAUCCUUAUUAAGACUCAUCUAUUCUGAAACCAAUAAAAGUGAAUUCAAAUGACAAGCAAUAAAAAAUAGGAUAGUAGACUUAGUAAUUUCAAUUGGAAUAUAAUGAAUCAGAUAAGCAGAUACGUGAUUAACUAAAUAAAGAUAUGGCAGUAUUUAACAUUAUGCUAUUUUCUAUUACCUUCAUUAUAACAAUACUUGUACUCCUUAACACAUUCAAUGAAGCUUAAAGUUUACCAGGUCUUAAUUUAAUUACCAGAUUGUUUGGAAUAAAAACAACUACUAACUCAGUUAUUUUUGAUAAUUGA